CCACGAGUCUCUCACACUUAGAAAAGAGCAUAACUCUAGAGCCAAUAAUCGUAAGAAAUCCGAUUUCAACGAUGCCUUCAAAGCCGAAGUCUCUAGUCCUUUGCCUCUAAACUCCACCCAUCGGACGUCGAGAAAAGCUACUUCAGGUUGCAAUGGCGGUCAAGCUUUGUGCAGCAAUGGUAGUGGAGGUUUCGGUGUUUCUGAGAGCGAACUCACAAGUUAUAGUAUCAGUUCAGGCCUGAGUCUCGCCAGUAGUACAGCUAAUACCAGCUCUAAUUCGACCGUUUCUGGUAUUUUGGCCGGAUUGGCGCGAUCUGACUGGGAAGAGAAAGUAACUGCACUCGUCUCGCUCUCGAAUCUCGCUCUUCAUCAGCCGUGCUCGCUGCUAAUGGGCUAUAACGCCAACUCUAAUGCGGCCUUCCUUGGUCAAAUCGGGUCUUCACCAUCAUGGCAGCUAGGAGCACAGACAAGUUCAUCUUCCAGUACCGUGAGCGGUGGAGGAUCAGGCAAUCAGCCGAUCGCGGUGCCGUUUACGAUGCGACAACAAUCAGCCAAACUUCUGCACCAGGUUAUGCUAGCAGUGACUACUGAGUGCAGGAAUCUGCGAUCACAAGUUUCUCGUCAGGCAGUACAGACCAUGGCUGCACUUUUUCGUGGCCUCGGCCGAGGCAUGGAUGCUCAUGUAGAUGCCGGCAUCCGAUGCCUCCUAAGCAAAGCAGGAGAGGCUGGUGCCGCUUUUAUUCGUGGUGAGGUUGCCACCGCAAUGGAUGACGUUGCUUCAGCAGCUUCUCCUGCACGCUUGAUAGCAGCACUUAUUCAACACGGAUUAGGGUAUGUUAUGGAAGGUCUUGGACAGCCCAGCUCUGAAUUAUCGUUUAUUUCAGCCUGA